UACAGUUCUUCAAUAUGAUAAUGAAUAUAAUAAUGUGUUGUGCUGGGGUGCUGAAGCUUUAAGAGUAAGACCAAAACGAAAAAAUAGAAAACAAAAUAGUCAACCCGUUGAAUUGUUCAAAUUACACCUGGGUUACUUGCCAGAUAAUUUAAAACCAAAACUUCCAAUUAAUUACAAAAAGGCUAUUACUGACUAUCUUAGAGAAAUCGGAAAGUUAAUUAAAGAAAAUAUUAGAUGCAAGUGGCAUGGAAUUAAAUACUCUAAAAACGUAUUGUUAGUACUUACAAUUCCUGCAGAAUAUUCAGAAAUAGAAAAGGCUAUUAUGAGAGAAUGCGUAUUUGAGGCAGCCCUCAUUAAAAAUAUGGACUCAGAAAAACUGCAAUUUACUACAGAGUCUGAAGCCGCUGCAUUAUAUUGUUUAAAAAACGAAUUAAAAUAUGAAAUAGGAGAAGCAUUUAUGUUUGUUGACUGUGGUGAGUAUACUACAGAUUUGACUACUCAUAAGUUAGUCAGAAAUGAUCCAUUGUAUAUAGAUAAAGCUACAGUACACAUUAGAGACUUCUGUGGAAGUAGAUUGAUUAAUGAAGAAUUUAUUAAAUUUUUAUGUGAAAGACUUGGAACUUGUGCUAUAGAUCUAUUGAAAGAAAAUAAUUAUAGUCAUUUACAAUAUAUGAUCCAAGUUUUCCGUGAACGUAUAAUGGAACCCUUUACAGGUGAUAAUAUGGAGUUUCAAAAUGUACUAGACAUUGAUGAAGUAUCUCCAAAUUUGCCACAGUAUGUCAGUGAAGAAACUAGGGAAAUCAUGAAAGAAAAUGAGUGGUUGAUUGACAUUAAAUAUAAUGACAUAAAAAAAAUGUUUGAUCCGGUUGUUGAUAGAAUUAUUCGUUUAAUAUAUAUACAACUUUCAAAUAAUAAAGAAAAUUGUUCAACAAUAUUUUUAACUGGGAAUUUUUGUGAAAACAAAUAUUUACAGAAUAGAAUAAAAGAAGAAUUUAGUCAUCAUGUGAAUAAUAUUUCAGUUCCCGAUUACCCAGAAGCAGCAGUUGCACGUGGAGGUGUAAUUUAUGGAUUAUCCAUUAUAUCAACUAUUUUGGAUGAUGUUGAAUUUGACAUUUUAAAACCUGCUAUUUCUCCGAGAGUCCUUAAAUAUACUUAUGGAAUUAAAUAUAACUGGAAAGGUAGUGAGGAUCCUACUCAUGGUGGCAAAAAUUGUAGAUUUAAAACUUUGGUCAAACGAGGCACUGAAAUUACAUUUGAUCAAACUUUUUCCUUUAAUUUUAAACCCGAAUCUAAGACAAGUGAAAGUUUUGCAAUUUACUAUACACAAAAGUACAAUAUUGAGUACUGUGAUGAACCAGGAAUGACACUACUUGGGAAAUUAAAUAUUGACCUUCCAG